GCAAUAUUUAUUAAAUUUUAGUUAACUUUUUUUUUUAAGAAUCUUUUUCUUUCUCCAGAGCUGCAUUGGGAAUUUUUUGCACUGUAAAAAUGAAUACUUUUUUUGAAAAUUUUAUAAUUGGUUUAAGUAAUAAUGGAAAUGCUGAUCAUUUGGUACAGGUCAAAAACUCUGGAGCAUCGCUAAAAGUUAAGUUUCUUUUGUCGGUCGCUAUUAGUUAAUUUCGGUACAUUUGUCAUGUAAUAAAUAUACUAGUAGUAGUUUAAUAAUCACCGAAAUUAUUAGUUUCUUUAAAUAUAGUUUCCUUUUUUUUAAUAUACGCUUAGGGAUUGUUUCAUGUCCCUUUGUAAUCUUAAUUUUUUUUUUUUUUAAAUGCAAAGCCUUUGUGAAUUAAAUUAUUAGUAGUUGCUAAACACGCAAAGUGACACUUUCUCCAGAGAAUUGUGACAUUUAAAUUAAUUGAAGUAUUAAUAAUAAUAAUAAUAAUAAGGUUAACAAAAUAAUGAAAAAGCCACGUGUCUUCUCUUCUCCACUCCUCUUUUUAUUCCGAAAAACACACAAGAAGAAGAAGAAGAAGAAAGGAUAGUUAGUAUUUUUUCCAGGGAAGCUUCUCUUUUUGAUUCUCUCUCUCUCUCUCUCUCUCUCUUCAUCGCGCCUCUUGGAGCUUCGAUGGUUGGGAAUAUUCUGGUAACCGGCGGUGCUGGUUACAUCGGAAGUCACACGGUUCUUCAGCUUCUUCUCGGCGGCUACAGCACCGUUGUCAUUGACAACCUCGACAAUUCCUCUCUCGUUUCGAUCCAACGCGUCAAGGAGCUCGCCGGAGAUCAUGGUCAAAAUCUCACCGUCCACCAGGUGGACCUUCGUGAUAAACCCGCACUUGAGAAGGUUUUCUCCGAAUCAAAGUUCGAUGCAGUAAUGCAUUUUGCUGGAAUGAAAGCAGUCGGCGAGAGCGUGGCGAAACCGCUUCUGUAUUAUAACAAUAACUUGAUUGGGACUAUUACACUUUUGGAAGUAAUGGCUGCUCACGGUUGUAAAAAACUUGUGUUUUCUUCAUCUGCUACUGUGUAUGGCUGGCCAAAGGAGGUUCCUUGUACAGAAGAGUCUUCCCUGUCUGGGAUGAGCCCUUAUGGACGGACAAAGCUGUUCAUUGAGGACAUUUGCCGUGAUGUACAACGUGGUGAUCCUGAAUGGAGAAUCAUAAUGUUGAGGUACUUUAACCCUGUGGGAGCUCACCCUAGCGGUCGCAUUGGCGAGGAUCCUUGUGGAACUCCAAAUAAUCUCAUGCCUUACGUCCAGCAAGUCGUUGUUGGGAGGCUGCCUAACCUAAAAAUUUAUGGAACCGACUAUACCACUAAAGAUGGCACCGGGGUACGAGACUAUAUUCAUGUUGUUGAUCUAGCAGAUGGCCAUAUAUGUGCGCUUCAAAAGCUAGACGAUACUGAAAUAGGUUGUGAGGUAUACAACCUGGGAACCGGAAAAGGAACAACAGUGUUGGAGAUGGUUGAUGCAUUUGAAAAAGCUUCUGGAAUGAAAAUCCCACUGGUGAAGGUUGGAAGGAGACCAGGUGAUGCAGAAACCGUCUAUGCGUCAACAGAAAAAGCUGAACGCGAACUAAACUGGAAGGCAAAUUUUGGAAUCGAAGAAAUGUGUAGGGACCAAUGGAACUGGGCAAGUAACAAUCCUUUUGGUUACGGUUCUUCAUCAGACACAACCUAACAAAAGCACUAAAUCCAAUAUCCCAUUCUUUCUAUUUUUGGGUCUCCUCUUUUAUGUUACAGUUACACACUACUCAGGUUUUAGCUCUGAAGCCAAAAACAAACACAGUGAGGGAGAACUUACUUCUCUAUUCAUAUCAUAUAUAUCUGCCUCCUCCUUUUGUAAUUUAUAUUUAUAUAUACACGCAUAGGUUUAACUUGAGCGUAUUCUUUUGUUUAUUGGGUUUGUAUUAUCUCUCUUAGGAAAUUAUCUUUCAUGGGAUUAUUAUAUUUGUAUUAUUUAGGAAUUGAAUUCAAUUCUUUUUCAUA